UAUGAAGUUAGCUCAACCCACUAAAAGGACUGAAAAUAGUUAUAAAUCACUUCACCAAGACCCAAUUCCCAAACAAAUUUGAACGGUGAUUACCGCAUCCAUGAGACCAUGACGCUCACUCCGCCGUGUAUCUUCGCCGUCACCUUCACCUCAGCAAUGAAGCUCCACUCCAGCUUCUCUCUUUUCCAGAACUAAUUACACCGAAUCCAUUUCAUUCCGCAUCCGCCACGUGACGUCUCCAAAGAUAGAUGCCACAAGGAGAUAAGGGAAAUGAGAUUAAUGUAGAAACCAACUGAUAUGACCAAAUUGAUCAAGGCAAGCCCGGAAGAGCUAAGCGCCACCAAAGACGUUUUCCUCUCAGCAUUCCGUUUUGCAACUUCUAUCAACGACCCUUCUCCUCCAUUUGGUGAUGAGCUCAGAACUUGCGCUCAAGAACAAGUGGAGUUCAUGCUCUGGGACAGCGAAAAGGAGAUUCUCGGUAUCAUCACAGCCGAUGAGGAAAUAAAGCAUGAGGCCAGAAUGGGAUUGUGCAAGAUCUUCACAUCAUUCGAGAAGGCCUUAUUCUCCCUUCUUUCAGAGCCUGACAUGAAAUACAAGGAUGUGGAGAAGAAGAUAAUGAAGAGUAUGGCUGAUGUUGAGUGGCUUUGCAAUGUUCUCAUGAAGACAGGUUUAAUGAAAGAUUUUGUAGCACGUUGGACCGAUGUAUCUAACUGUGUCUUGACAGUUGUAGAGGACAAAAGAGUCCAUUCUAUUAUGUGGGACUUAAAGGUGAAGCUACUAGAGGUCACCUCAAAAGUUUUAGAUGCUGUAGGUUAUGGUACCUUAAUUCUUCCACCACCUGCCAGGGCACAACUCCUAAAGGCGUGGCUUCCGUAUGUGAGGAAAAUGAAGCUUCUUCUUGAUUCAAUGGGAAAUGAAGAUAUAGAGUUCCCUUAUAGGAUGGAGGAAGAGCUGUCAGAGACCAUUGAGGGGGCAAUUGUGUCAUUGGUUUCUGCAUUGCCAUCAAACAACCAGGCUGAAAUAUUGGCUGAUUGGAUGAGUAGUGGAGAGUAUGUGAAAUAUCCAGACCUGAGUGAGGCAUUUGAAGUGUGGUGUUACCGGACAAAAUCUGCUAACCGUAGAUUGCUCGAGGCUCUGGAUGAACCAUCCUCUGCCUCUGAUGCUUUGGAUGAACCAUCCUCUGCCUCUGAUGCUUUGGAUGAACCAUCCUCUGCCUCUGAUGCUUUGGAUGAACCAUCCUCUGCCUCUGAUGCUUUGGAUGAACCAUCCUCUGCCUCUGAUGCUUUGGAUGAACCAUCCUCUGCCUCUGAUGCUUUGGAUGAAUCGUCAUCUUCCUCCGAUUAGUUAACUACGCUGUUUUCUUAGAGCAUGCUGACGGAUGAUCGAGACCUCUGACAUUCUUUAAUGAUGACAACCAGGAGAACUUUGGUUUCACUCUUCAUUACUGUAUGUCAAUUGAGGAGCUCCCUUUUGUACGCUUAACCUGGGUCUGUAAAGUUACUUAUUCUGUUCAUAAGCCAAAGCCUCUGUUCAACAAAAAAUAAACAUGACAUUUAAUUUGAAUUCCAGCCAUUCUUGUGCCUUACCCUUAGGGGUGGGCAAAAAUACUGAACCGGCAUGGUACCGAACCGAACCGAUAUGGUACCGGACCGAAAAACGGGGUUUGAAACGGAUCUCAAUUUUUUUGUCCCGAACCGAACCGUACCGAUUCUAAACAAUGCCAUGACCGGUUCUCAUAAAAUGAGAACCGAAACCGGAUCGAACCGGACCGAAGUAUGAUUUAAUUAUUUAAAUUUACAUUUAUACCAUUAUUUUGACUAGUGCCUUUACAUUUUCA